AUGGAUGACCAGCCGCGGCUGAUGCACACGCACAGCGGGGUGGGGAUGCCGGGGCACCCGGGCCUGUCCCAGCACAUGCAGGAUGGACCAGGCGGGGCGGAGGGGGAGGCAGGCAGGAAGCAGGACAUCGGAGACAUCUUACAGCAGAUCAUGACCAUCACGGACCAGAGUUUGGAUGAAGCGCAGGCCAGGAAACAUGCUUUAAAUUGCCACAGGAUGAAGCCAGCCCUUUUUAAUGUCUUGUGUGAAAUCAAAGAAAAAACAGUGCUGAGUAUCCGGGGAGCACAGGAAGAGGAGCCCACGGACCCCCAGCUGAUGCGGUUAGACAACAUGCUGCUGGCCGAGGGGGUAGCAGGCCCCGAAAAAGGAGGUGGCUCAGCCGCUGCGGCUGCCGCUGCUGCAGCAUCAGGGGGAGCUGGCUCCGACAACUCGGUGGAACACUCUGACUACAGAGCCAAACUCUCCCAGAUCCGACAGAUCUACCACACGGAGCUGGAGAAGUACGAGCAGGCAUGCAACGAAUUCACCACCCACGUGAUGAACCUGCUGCGUGAGCAGAGCCGGACCCGACCGAUCUCACCGAAGGAGAUAGAGCGGAUGGUGAGCAUCAUCCACCGCAAGUUCAGCUCCAUCCAGAUGCAGCUGAAGCAAAGCACGUGUGAAGCCGUCAUGAUCCUGCGCUCCCGGUUUCUGGAUGCACGGCGGAAGAGACGAAACUUCAACAAGCAGGCUACAGAAAUCCUGAAUGAGUAUUUCUAUUCCCAUCUCAGCAACCCUUACCCCAGUGAGGAAGCCAAAGAAGAGCUAGCCAAGAAAUGUGGCAUCACAGUCUCACAGGUAUCAAACUGGUUUGGAAAUAAGAGAAUCCGGUACAAGAAGAACAUAGGUAAAUUUCAAGAGGAAGCCAAUAUUUAUGCUGCCAAAACGGCUGUCACGGCUACCAAUGUGUCAGCCCAUGGAAGCCAGGCUAACUCACCCUCAACUCCCAAUUCAGCUGGUUCUUCCAGUUCUUUUAACAUGUCAAACUCUGGAGAUUUGUUCAUGAGCGUGCAGUCUCUCAAUGGGGAUUCUUACCAAGGGGCCCAGGUUGGAGCCAACGUGCAGUCACAGGUGGAUACCCUUCGCCAUGUUAUCAGCCAGACAGGAGGAUACAGUGACGGACUCGCAGCAAGUCAGAUGUAUAGUCCGCAGGGCAUCAGUGCUAAUGGAGGUUGGCAAGACGCUACUACCCCGUCGUCGGUGACCUCCCCCACAGAAGGCCCUGGCAGCGUUCACUCUGAUACCUCCAACUGA